GAAAAUGUUUUCUAGUCUCUCGUUCAAAGAACGGCAACAUAUUUUAAACGAAUUCCCAGAAUUGUCGCCGAAUCUGAUCAAACGUUACGAAAAGACAUUCUCGAGGUGAGUAAUAUAAUUUGUUUUUGUGUUAGCCGUACACCCGUAAUACAUAACACGUGAUAUUUGAAUAAUAAUUUAUGGAGUAAAAAAAAAAAAAAAAAAAACAAUCGUUUAACGGGAAUCAGUCACCUGAGCGCUUUACUAUUUGAUCAAAAUUACGAUCAAAUGAUCGUAGGCGAUUUUCGCAUUAUUAUCGCUAGAUAAGAGUUUUACCCGAAUAGGUAAUUUUCGAUUCCUGUGACCUUCCUGUCGUGGUUUUUCCAUUUUAACCGCCCGCAGUUUUGUCUAAACCGGCGUGGAUUUUUAACCUCUAGGUUUUAGGUUUUCGUUUAGCACAGUUCCUUGGUUUAGGUUUUCGUGCCGAGCGGGUACCCGUUGAUAAUAUGGAACGUAUCGCGUAAACUCAAUGAUGUAGGCGCCUACCCCGUUCUUUAUUAUCGAAUAUAGAAUAUCUAUAAUAUUAUCGAAAACUGAGAACAUUUGAUAAUUUUCAUAUUUGUGUCUUCAAAAUUUAUACUCGGAGUCUCAAACACAGGACAAACGGUUGAUUAUGUUGAAUCAUACUUCAUUGAGUUGUAAAUCUAAAAAAAAAAAUUGUUAUUGAUUAUCAAUCAAUAAUAAUUGUAAUUCUGAUUAAUGAUAAUACUACUCGUAAGCCUUAAUAUUACACGUUUAUAUUGAACAAAAACCGAUAACUCGUGAAAACUUUGAUAGUAUACAGUUGUUUGUCAUAUUCUUUGCACCCGCAGAAUAUCCUCUAAUAUCACUCACUAUCUAUGCACCUAAACCAAGAGUCGGUUUUUUUUUUUUUAUUCUCGAUAAAGUUAAUAAAUAUCAGUGCGUGUUUACGAUAUAGGUAUGACACGGACAACGAUGGAUAUUUAAACGUCGAGGAUCUUAAAGGCAUGAUGAUGGUGCGCGGUGUGCCAUGGACUCAUUCGGCGAUCGUACGGCUCAUCCGGGACGCAGACGAAGACGGCGAUGGAAAAUUGAGUUUCCGUGAGGUAUGUGGUUUUUUUUUUCAUUCGCCUUAAAUUCUAGUUUACUAUAUAAUAUAUUAUUUUUAUCAUUUUAUAUGUAAUAAUAUUAUGGACAAUAGUGUAAUAGGUAACAUUGGUCAUUAAAUUACCGGGCAUAGAUUAAUUGUUCAUUUUUUUUAAAUUGUUAUGCCUACCUAGCGUAAUUUUCUCGUAAAGCCAACAAGUCGUAACUGUCUCCAAGAACCUAUUAAUUUUUUUUUUGAAUUCUGAGUUGAGAGAAGAAGUUCAUGGUUUUACAAAGAUGUUUAUUUUUUUAUUGUUUUUUUUCUACUAACAACUUUACUUCCUACCAAAUAUCUUGCUCCGAUUUUUAAGUGUAGCACCUUUUCUGAAAUCGGAGAGGGAAAAUACUUUAGGGAAGUCAUUUUUCGCUUUUCUCGGGAGUUUUCCCAACAAAUGUGAAAGACCAUGGGAAAACCGGGGGAAAAGUAGGAAUAUCGGGAAAAUCGGUACAACAUAAAACAAAUAUUAUUAAAGAAAAUAUAUCAAGCCUAUGUAAUUAUUUAACUAUAAAAUGACAUACACCUUGUUGACCAAACAUCACUAACAACUAAACUCCGUUCAGAAUCGUUUAUUUCGUAAGCAACGGUUUUUCGUCGCUUGCAGGUAUACAUUAAAUCACCUAUAACAGUGCCUGCAUCCGUCCCCAUUAUCCUAGAACGUUUUUGUAUACACCUACUUUCUAGUAAUAAAAUAAAAAUGAACCAAAAGUUUAUUUAUCUUUCAUUGAUAGAAACCAGAGACCACUACUGAGACUCUAUUAUUUGUCUACUUUUAUCAUAAUUUAAUCAUGAGUUAAUAUCGUUUUAAGAACUCAGAAUAAGAUUAAACAAAUAAUUUAUUCAAAUUAUGUACCUUUUAAUUUCGUCCAGAUACAUUAUUAAUUAUUUACAAAUAUAUUGCAUAAAAAAAAAAAAACUAUGCACCAAUGUUUUGUAUUUUUUUUUUUUUUUACUUAAAUUAUGUAGGUAAAGUAUACGUAAAUACUAAAUACCAAUGACGUAUGAGAAUCUUUAACUAUUAUAAAGCUAGUAAUUUUCCAUUAAACGAAUGCAAUGACGUACCUACGAAUUAGGUUUAUGAUUGUACCUAGUAGGCAAAGUCAACUAUUAACUUAUAGUUAAAAUUUCUCUAAAAAUUUCAAACUGGACUUAUAAUUCCCCAAAUCGAUUUAUACGUUCGAAAUCACUUUAACUUGGCCCCCAGUCAGUGGUGGAUUUAUUUUUAAGUCUAAGGGGGGGGGGGAGUAAAAUUGUAAUGUAUUCAGUGCCGCGAUUGAGGCGCAGAGCUAAGUAAAAGAUAAAGAGCUCGUGCAUCGACAGCAGUAUAUUACACGAGACGGCCAACUCCUAUUAACCUGUGUAAUUUUACAGCAAAUGACCUCUUUGUAGCCUAAAACAAAUGGACAGAUUGUUUGAAAUUCAUAAUGAUACUUUUGAAAAUUUCAAACUGAUCGGAUGAUUACAGCUCGAGUAAUAUGUAAAAGUAUUGGCAUAGUUUUUACUCGAAACUCUAUUAGUUUCAACAAUUCAAAAAUGUAUAUGUUUUACGCGCUGUUACCACUUGUUUGCGACGGUGACCGUUUGCGGAUAAACAAUUUUGUUUAUUUAUUCUAUCGCUAUUACUAUAGGAUCGUUUUCCAGCAACAUUCAUAAGCUAUAUUCAUAACUGUACGCACACAUAAUUUCGUACGCUCGCAAUCGUCUCCGGGCCUGAUUUCCGCCCUCGAUUUCAUCGUCGGGCUCCGUGCAUUGGAAAACGUGACAGCUAUUCCACCGUCACCGGUUUGGCGUCCAGAGACGUAAAAACUAUUCCGCUUUCCUCUUGGUCCUCCGUUUUGGAAACAUGUUCGUCCGGCGUAGAUAAAAUUUCCUACUGUUCCGGAACUUUUUCUUCCGGCUCGGGAACAUUUUCUACCGGUUCUGGAACCUUGUUUUCCGGUUUUUAAACUCGAUGGCCGUUGAACAGGCUCCGCGACAUUUGUGUGGUACACGUUCAUCGUCGCGGGUGCAGUCAAAAACAACAAUCAACAGCAUGAUAUCGAAUGAAUAUUGACGGAUGUAAAACAAUAAUUGCAUUAUAGCGCAAACAAUAGAGAAUGGAACUAAUCAUUUACAACGGCCACAUGAAUGUCAUAAAGUACAGUUCAUAAAAAAACAUUAGAAUACGUAUAUCACAGAAGAAAUAAAUAGGUUUCAUUUUAUAAAAAUAAUGGGUCAUUGUAACACGUCAAACGACCUAUUUUAACAAAUUUUAACGACAUAUAUUAGGUUAGGAGGUUAGAUUAAGACGAUUUUUGUUUUAAUACAUUUCACACAACUUUUGAAUAUUUUUUUUUUUUUACCUACCUAUUGUAAACGGACCGUGCUCAAAUGAUACACUGUCGCUGAUGCGCAAAUGAUGUACGAGUUUUUGGGCCAGGUAAACAAACGAUGCGCAAACGAUAACAGCCGUUUGGCCGACCGAUAAUUUAAUCCUUCGUUUCCGGUUUGAAAUUUCACACUCGAGUGUAGAUGCUGGCCACUGUGGCUAUAAUUCCCUUUCGUCAUUUUUCAUAUGGAUACCUAUAGUACUCCCCUAAUUAUAUUAAUCGAUAUUACAUCACUAUUCACAAAAGAUAACCUUAGGCAAUUUUCCUGAAACGAAAUUUGACUAGGGAGGUACUUCAAAGAGGCCAUAUUUCAAUUUUCUCAAGGUUUAUCUCAACAAAUAUGAAAAAAACGAAAAAAAAACGGAAGAAAAACGAGAAAACGUAGGAAAUACGGGAAAAUCGGUUUAUUAAACAAAUAUUGUUAAAGGAAAUAUAUGGCGCCUAUUUAAUUAUUUUACCGCAAUAUAACAUAUAUUGUUGACAAAGCUUCACUAUUAACUGAACUCCGCUCAGAAUCGUAUUUUUCUUAGCAAUGGUUUAUAACAUUUUUUUCCAGCUCGUAUUUUAUUCACGCCCGCUCGGAUCACCGCGAUUCGACUGUUUCGACGGUUUUCACGUACCCGAUUUGCACAUCGACAAACGUUGUUGUGAUUUAUCGCAGAGCUACUUAUUUGUCGAAUGUUUUUGAAAAACGAACUCCGCAUCAAGUCAAUACUUGCCGAGAUACCGAGAUACAGUGUUUCGCUUUUACGUUUAUCGCUCUGUAUUCCGCGAUACGCCCACGUGACUAAUAUUCUAUAUAGACAAAAAAAAAAAAAACUACCCCCCCGUGAACGCCUCCCGGGGUGACGGGAGAAGACUGCGGGUGUUGACGUCACAAUGUUGUGUGUUGAAGACGAUCCCGGUCGAGAUGCGGGCGAUACGGCGAUAAUAAUAUAAUAUUGUAAAGAAUGUUUUAAACUUUCGGGAUUCCGCGCGAUUCCGUACGCGAUAUACUGUACACCCAUACAACAUUAUAUUACACGAGGACACGGGAGUAAGAAAAUUGUUUUGCAGUUUAACGCGGUGUAAUAAAAUUAAAAUAUUUUAAUCACUUUGUGUAAUAAACGGUUGAGUGCGCAUAUCCGUGAUGAAUGUGCCGCGCAUUCUCUACGUGCCUUUAGUGUCCGGUGUAUACAACGAGCAACAACAACAACAACAACAACAACAACAACAACAAUAAUAAUUAUAAUAAUAAUAUAUAAUUUUAAAAUAGUUCGCAUAGAUGAAUGCAAUCGCAUACGGACACGCCGACAGUAAUAAUAUUAUACCGCGGUAAGUGAAAUUUACCGCCCGACGCUCGGCUGUAUUAUAUACGCUCGUCUCUCUCUCUCUCUCUCUCGCUCUCCAGUAUUUUCGUCGAAAAUCGCGAAACGCGUGUACGCGCGCCGGCGAUAUUCGGUUUAAAUCGUUUUCGUUUUCGCGAUUUUACCGGUAAUUAUGAUAGUAUACAUACAACCGAGACGUGAUCGCCACUGGCCGUUGUCGAAUCGCCAAAACCGUCGACACCUCUCCGAACCCGGUGCGCCGCCGUUCGCACAUCGGAGGAUUUCAUAUUCCCCGGUAGUGGCGGCGCACGCGAUCAUCUCGCAUCAAACUCGAUUAUUUCAUCUGUCCGAACGGGGGCCGGAUUUAAAACGUUUACCGCCACACACGCGGGGUACGCUACGCGGUGUCUGCUUGUUGACCGUUCCGUAUUAAGUUUUUUCGAUAACCGGCGAUCAAAAGUCGAACAAUUCGUUUGGUUUUGUUUUUUUUUCUUUUACAUCUAAAAUUCUAACGUUAUUAAUUUACUACGAAUGAACCGAACAAGAAUAUCGAAAGAGAUUUCAGUUAAGCGAAUAACAGUAAUAACAUCGUAUUUUAUUCAAGAUUUAUUACAUUCAAGUUCAGAAUUGGUAAUAAAAGCAGAAAUACAUUUUCGGAACGCGAAAUGCAAUAAAAUAGAAACGAAUGUUCCCCGUACUGCUGUUACAUCAUUCCCAUAUUGUGAAGCAUUUUUUCCAAUUAUCAAAUUAUCGGCUAUGCUCCCGGUAGCAACUGUUGAAAAGUCAUUAUCUAACUUAAGGAGAUUAUUAAAAAAUUGCAUGCGCACAACUAUAACUGAGUCUAGGCUGAACGGCUUAGCUCUAUUAAAUGUUCAUACAGACGCACAUAGAUAUUGACUUAGUCGUAAGUGAAUUUCCUAGAGAAGUAAUGGAGAAUGCAUUUAGAGGGCUGGAAAAUCUAAAUUAUAAAUGUAAACUAUUCAAAUUUUAAAAUGUAUACAUUGUAUUAUGUACCUACACACUACAUGUUAAAAAUAAUAAUGAAUUUAUCAUUUAAUCGUUUGAUACAGUUAUAUAUCUUAAUAAUUAUAUGUCGAACUGUUUAUGUAAUACAUCCAAAACAAAUGCGCAUUGCAAGACUGAUUUUCCUAGUCAAAUUUUAGGCUUCAAAUUAUAAUUUUUUUUUUUUCCAUAGUAACUAAUAAGUACCUUACGAUUAUUAUACGCAAACUAUUAUACCCACCAUCAAAAAAAAAAAACCAAAAUUCGCCCCUGUGUCCGAUGAUAUGCAUAAUAUUAUACAUACAUACACACAUACAUGCAUACAUACAUACAUACAUACAUACAUACAUAGCUUUUUGGUUAAAUUUUGCAUAUAUUCAAAUUCUGAUUUUUAGAAUUCUUAAAUGUAGUUAAAGCCGAUGAGCGUCCUAAGUGAAUCACCCUGUAUAAAUAUGUAAAUAUAUUAUAUACAGGUCCUUCACCUGGGAUUAACUGUUGCUGCGAUAUCGACGUAAUUAAAUUCAGUGGCGUCCCAAACUUUAAAUGACAUGAGAAGAGAUAUAUCGUUUUUUUAUCGCCCCCAUCCAGUAAUUUGUAUACUUUGCCUGUAGCAAUAUAGCCGUUAUAUUGUUAUGCUUAACAAUGUGUCCCUCCUAAGCAAACAGAUUUCACGAGACACCACCCGCCCACACUAUAAAAUUCAGAAUCAUCGGCCGUUUCUGGAAACAACGGUUCGCCACGCCUGCGCUGUAAUUACAUUCGGACGGAGACUUUAGAAUACGACCGUGGUAUAACACAGAGCGAUUCGCGAAGUAAUCAUAACGGAAUACAAAAAUAGUGUUUACUUUUAAAAAAACGUUGGUUUUACAAAAAAAUUGUAUCACCUAAAUUUAACAAUAAUAAUUGACUGUUAUUUUUAACCACAAUUUGUGGAAUAUUAAUACUAGUAUUAACAUUUUUUUCUUUUUCUUUUUUUCGCAGUUUCUGAUUACACAGCGCAAAAAUGUGGAAUGGGCUCGUCGAGUGUUGUGCGCCCUGCCCGAGAUCGACGUGGGCCGCGUAGGCGUCAAAGGAGCCAAAAAAUAUUUUGAAGCCAAACAACCGUUGCCAGUAGCGGCUCAUCACAAACACAUGACACAUUGAUAAUAAUAUUUUAAGCACGGUUUUUUUUUUAUUUUUUUUAUUUACAUACAUAC